AUUCAAGAUGGCGGCCUCCAUGAGCAGGAACAUGAAUCGUCUUUUAGGUUUCAUUCAAACGAGCACUCUUAAAACAAGAUCAUUUUGCUGUCAAAAGGCAUCCGAAGUGAAGGGCUUCCAUGAAGGACGUGUGUUUUCAGGAAUCCAGCCCACUGGGAUUCCUCACCUGGGGAACUACCUCGGAGCUCUGGAGAGCUGGGUGGCCAUGCAGAACGACUACAGCUCAGUGUUGUACAGCAUAGUUGAUCUGCACUCCAUCACCCAGCCUCAGAACCCAGAAUCACUACAGAACAAUAUCCUGGACAUGGCAGCCAGCCUGCUGGCCUGUGGCAUUGACCCCACACGCUCCAUCCUUUUCCAGCAGUCUGUGGUUUCGGAGCAUGCUGAGCUCUCUUGGAUCCUGGGCUGCCUGACGAGCAUGCCUCGCCUGCGCCACCUUCCUCAGUGGAAGAUGAAGAGCAAGCAGAAGAAUGAAGGAAGUGUUGGUUUGUAUACCUACCCCGUGUUGCAGGCUGCAGACAUAUUACUCUAUAAAUCCACAUUUGUACCGGUCGGGGAGGAUCAGAUCCAGCAUUUAGAAUUAGCCCAGGACCUAGCUCGUAUCUUCAACAACAGUUAUGGAGAACUUUUUCCUGAACCUCGUGCUCUACUUAGUUCUACACGGAAGGUCAAAUCUUUAAGAGAUCCCUCCUGUAAGAUGUCGAAGUCCGAUCCACAGAAGUUAGCCACGAUAUUCCUUACGGACACCCCUGAUGACAUAGUAUUUAAAAUCCGCAGAGCUGUGACUGAUUUUACAUCGGAGGUCACCUUUGAUCCUGUGGGCCGGCCAGGUGUAGCCAAUCUGGUGUCCAUCCAUGCUACUGUCACUGGCCAGACUGUAGAGGAUGUGGUCAGGUUAGCCACAGGGCUGGACACUGGCAAGUACAAAUCUGUGGUGGCAGAAGCUGUGGUACAGAGACUGGAGCCCAUCAGAAUUGAGAUCCAGAGACUGAAGGCUGACAGGAGCCACCUGGAGAGUGUGUUAGCCAAGGGAGCAGAGAAAGCCCGCAGUCUGGCUGCCCCAGUGAUGCAGGAGGUCAGGAAACGGGUGGGCUUCUCUUAAUCGUCAGACUUUUGGAGGUGGAAAUACAAUACAGUAUAGGGGAAAUUUUCUAGGUGAUAAAUUUCUAUAAUGUUUGAGUGUCACUUAUAUAUUUUUUAAUUUUAUGUGUGUUUGAUUUGUCUAUUUAUUUUGGUUCAUGCUCCUCUUCUGUGUACUUGUUCAUAAAUCAGAUCCAUAGCUCUCCACAAAGGAACAUUGCAGAAUGUUUUAAAACACACAGUAGGAUAUAGAAGCCCACAAUAAUGUGUGUAUGUAUGUGUGUGUGUGUG